GGAGACCUGCAAAACAUGCACAGUGUGGGGUCCUGAGGACCGAGUUUGAGAACCUGUGGUCUAUUGGUAUGCUACAGGCAGGUGUUUCACUGAGGCCAGGUACCUGCAUACUAGCAGACAUUUGUAAUCUCUCCGGGAGAUGCCCGCAGAAGAGAAGCAGGUGGGCAGUGAUGAGAUCAUCCAGCAGCUCCUGGGAGAAUGAGAGACAAGCACUCAGCCAAUUAACACCUCACACACUGUGUCAUUACGGAGGAUUAGUCUCCCCUCACAGAUGCAGGCUGCCCCAGAGAGAGGAACAAAUGUGACGCGCUCUGAAAAAUAACAGACUGAAAUGUGAGAUAACGAGCGCUUGUUACUAACGCAAGGGAAUUUGUCGCAAGAGCAAACUCUGUGCUUCCCCGUUACAGCGAGCCAAUCGCAUGUCUCCUUCCACGGACGGAACACUUCUAUUAUCAGGUGCGACUGCCGGGGCGAGGCGGAGAGAGUGACGGAGGGCGCAGCGGAUGUGCUCACAGUCCCAGCCUGCGGUCUAUGGAAUCACCAUGAUCCUGAGAAUAAGCCCCGUUGCUGUCGCUGUCUGCUGCUGUUUCCUGACUGCGGUUUGCUGUCUCGACAAGUGCACCCAAGCCCCGCAGUUCCUGGUGCAGCCGCUCUCCACGUUCCAGAAAUAUGGCGGAUCGGUGACUCUCAGUUGCGUGGUGGAACCGGCCAGUGCGGUGAUAUCUUGGAGGCUGAAUGGGGUGGAGUUGGGAGAUCUCCCGGGUGUUCUGGUGUCCGGCGGAACCCUGGUGAUUACUGGUCUGAAUAAUGAUACGGCUGGGAGGUACCAGUGCAUCGCUCAAACCUCUGCUGGAGCCAUGGCAAGCGUUCCGGCCAUUGUGACCCUGGCCAAUUUGCAGGACUUUACCUCCGACACCCAGCACGUGAUUGAAGUGGAUGAGGGGAACACGGCUGUGAUCGCCUGUAACUUACCUGAGAGUCACCCCAAAGCUCAAGUGCGCUACAGCGUCAAGCAAGAAUGGCUGGAGACGUCCAGAGACAAUUACCUGAUCAUGCCCUCAGGAAACCUGCAGAUCGUCAAUGCCACUCAGGAAGAUGAGGGGACCUACAAGUGUGCAGCUUAUAACCCCGUCACCCAGGAAGUGAAGACGUCCGUGUCCAGCGACCGCCUCCGUGUGCGACGCUCCACAGCAGAGGCCGCUCGCAUCAUCUACCCACCCGUAGCUCAGACCAUCAUCGUCACCAAGGGCCAGAGCCUCAUCCUGGAGUGCGUGGCCAGCGGCAUGCCACCACCGAGGAUCUCCUGGGCCAAGGAUGGCUCCGAUGUCAUCGGAUACAACAAAACGCGCUUCUUGCUGAGCAACCUCCUGAUAGAGGCCACCAGCGAGGAGGAUUCUGGGACAUAUACGUGCACGGCCAGCAAUGGAAUGGGAGAUGGGGGCUCGGCCUUCAUCUUCUACAAUGUUCAGGUGUUUGAACCACCAGAAGUCAGCAUGGACUUAUCUCAGCAAAUAGUUUCCUGGGGCCAGACGGCAAAGUUCAGCUGUGAAGUGAAGGGUAACCCUCAGCCCUCUGUGGUUUGGCUGAGGAACGCGCUUCCUCUUCUUCCCAGCCUGAGGCACCGGAUCUCCAGGAAAGUCCUUCGGGUGACCAGCGUAGGGCCAGAGGAUAAUGGCAUCUACCAGUGCAUGGCUGAGAAUGAAGUAGGCAGUGCCCAGGCCUUGACUUUCCUAAUGACCACUAGCACAGUUCCAGGAACCUUCCUAGACCCGGAGAUGGAAGCAGAAGUUCAGCCUCCGACAGCAGCCCCCAUCCCUGAUGACAAACAGUUGCUCCUAAAGGCCCAGCUGAAACCAAGACCCCCAACUCCGGGGUUACCGGCCCCUUGUCCAGCCGACAAGACCAAUGUCCUCCAGCCAGAGGCUCCCACAAUACUCAGCUUUCCCAGAACAUCCAAGACGGACUUCUACGAACUGGUGUGGAAGCCCAAACAUAAUGGCGGAGCCGCUAUACUGUAUUACACAGUAAAGCACCGCAAGCAGGUGGUAAACGCCACAGAUGAUUGGACCGUGUCGCGCGUUCUGGGAUCACAGCACCGCCUGACUCUUGCCAAGCUGGACCCCGGGAGCCUGUACGAAGUGGAAAUGGCAGCGUAUAACUGUGCUGGGGAAGGACAGACGGCCAUGAUGACCUUCCGGACAGGGCGCCGUCCAAAGCCGGAGAUCAGAGCCAGCAAGGAAAUCCAGAUCCAGAAGGACGACCCAGGGACGAGCACCCAGAGCAGCAACCAAUCCGAUAACAACCGUCUCUCCCCUCCAGAAGCUCCUGACCGCCCCACAAUCUCAAUGGCCUCUGAGACGUCCGUCUACGUGACGUGGAUCCCCAGGGGCAAUGGUGGAUUCCCUAUCCAGUCUUUCUACGUGGAGUACAAGAAACUGAAGCAGCCGGGAGACUGGGUCCUGGCCACCAGAGACAUCCCACCGUCCCGCCUGUCCGUGGAGAUUUCUGAGCUCGAGAAAGGAACCUCCUACAAGUUCCGAGUGAGGGCUCUAAACAUCCUGGGGGAGAGUCAGCCCAGCGCAGCCUCCAGGCCGUACAUGGUGUCUGGAUACAGUAACCGCAAUUAUGAGCGUCCGGUUACAGGACCCUACAUAACUUUCACCGAGGCCGUCAACGAGACCACCAUAAUGCUGAAGUGGAUGUACUUCCCAGCGAGUAACAACAAUACUCCGAUCCACGGCUACUACAUCUACUAUCGGCCCACGGACAGCGAUAAUGACAGUGACUACAAGAAGGACGUGGUGGAAGGCGAUCGUUACUGGCACUCCAUCAGCGAUUUGCAGCCGGAGACCUCCUAUGAUAUUAAGAUGCAAUGCUUUAACGAGGGCGGAGAGAGCGAGUUCAGCAACGUCAUGAUCUGCGAGACCAGAGCCCGGAAGUCUUCUUCCCAGCCCGGUCGCCCGCCCCAGUCUGUGAUACCGUCUCCGCCCCCUCCACCCAGCAGGAGCGGGGCCCUGGGAACAGCGACAGUGGCCCGAUCCAGCGACCUGCCAUACCUGAUAGUGGGAGUGGUUCUGGGAUCCAUCGUACUUCUGAUCGUGGCCUUCACCCCAAUCUGUCUGUGGAGGGCUUUGUCCAAGCAGAAACAGACCACGGAUAUCACGUUCCCCAGUACAGGGAUCCUGAACUCUUCCUGCCAGUACACCAUGGUGUCCCUGCGAGGAGCUCCCGCUGUCAGCACUAUCCCCUGUGCUAAUGGCGCCCUGGUGAACGGCGUCGGCCCUUCGGCCAAGCUGGAGUAUUCCGGAGAGAAGACGAGAGAUUACUGCUCAGGCACCCUGCACAAGGAUGAGGCCUGCACAUUGCUGGCGGGGAGCGAGCCGGCGUCUCCGGAGCCGACAGACCGUCAGGAGCCCGCAGAGUGUUACCAGCCGCAGAGCAGUGAGAUGACCGCACUGUGCGACCUGUACGAAUCUCAUGAGAGACCUGAUCCCUACACAAACGUCUCUGAGGACCCGGCCACGGCGCCCGCACCAACUGUAUGCCAAGGUCCCUCAUGCUCCCUCCCUCCUGUAGAAAUGACGGAGAGUUCAGAUUCUCUCACAGACCCUCCAUCCCACCACAGCCCAGCACAGACCAGAGACGGAGACACCGAUCUAUGUCAGCCCAACUCUGAGAGACCCGCCACCUAAAGGACUGAGGCCAAAUAUAAGGACUCUGUAUGGGGUGUCAGCGCUCCGCUGCAUAAUGCAAUUCAGCGAUGAAACAUACCCUCGUUACGGUGCUUCAUGGACGCAACGCACUUGUGUACAGCCGCCGCGUUUCGAGCUACGAGCAGGAGAUCUUACGUGCUGGUCUUCGUGUAUGUUUAGCCCUGUGAUCGCCAAGGUACAGUGCUGAGUGGGACGAGCGGAUAGGGCAGGCGUCCUCCCCACGCCAGUCUCUUGCGGCUCAGUAGUGUUACGCCUUGCAGACUAUUCGGGCCCCCUCGCCCUUUUCUAAGAAGAGAAAUAAAUGGAGUUUAUUUUUAUACAAUAGAUAUAUUUAUAUAUUUAUGCACUUUGUACAUAGUUUAUUUUCUUUAUGAAGAAAGAUUUGUAUGGUCACAAACAGAGUGACCAAUAUAUUCCCCCAACAUAUCCCAGACAACUGUAGAACAAUGACGACACUGCCGGAGGAAGCUGACUUUCCCUGCCACCUGUUAACGUACGGUAUAGCUUCCGCUACCUUUAUAUGCUGCCUCAGCCGGAGACCUGUCACGCUAAUGGGGAUUCUGCGCCCAGAAGGGAUGCCGGAUAGAGACUUGCCGCAGAACGUUUCUGGCUCCGGCCACAACCCCAGCAGGUCGAAGGACCAACCAGUAUCUGACAUUUCCCACAUGCACACAUGGCUGAUACAUGUACAUAAGCACUAUGUAUACUUCUUACUGCAAUACCAGACAUUGCUGCUUUCAGUAUAUUUGUAACAAAACCGGAAUGAAAAUUAAUAAAUGAAAUAAAGAUUU